CAGCGCGGUACUCUUAUCACUUUACUGCGCGGCGGGGUAGUACCUUAACCAAUAUAUCGACUUUGCAAAGAACAAGAACGCAAAGUCGUUAUUUGUUGAAGACGAAAAUAAACUUUUACUUUGACCACCGCCCAGCCCAUUACCUAAAAUGAGAACCCCCUUGGGCAAAACCAAAAAAGCAUCAAUUAAAACUAACGCUGCGCAUCGCAUCGAAGAAAGUGAAGGGGUGCAAACUUGUAGAGAACGCCGCUAAGCAGUUACAGUAGUAGUAUGAGCCAGCGAACAUGAACAAAAAGAGCUUAAAGUAGUAUGUAGCAUGUCAUUAUCCUUAUCUAUCACAAAGGUUGUCGUUUUUUGUAUAAUUGUGAUGGUGAAGCAAAGCGGCCGUUCCCUGUUGCUGUUCUGUAUGAUUUCACUGACAUCAGAUUAGCAUGCGCGACUUCUGCUCUAGAGUUCACCGUCGGUUGUGAGAUCGAAGGUCGACGCCGCUUGAAGUGCACUCGCACGCGAUCGAGGGGCGCGGUACUUCAGGAGAAAACUUGUAGGGUACGUAGUAGUUCUAGAACGCGCAAAAAUGAAGCUGAUCCCUUCUUCACCCAUGAUGGGACGCACUUCUGUUUUAAUCAUUCCUCAAGCCUGGAACUUUUGUGAGCUUGCUGAUGGAACUUCUUUAUGUAAGAAAUCAAAAUUAUUAGUUUUUCUCUUUUCUCUGAAUGCCAGCGGCAAGAGGUGACGCCAACGGCAAACUCCUCCCUGGUGGCCGGGCACUUCUAAAGCGGGCGGUGAAACGUCACUGGGGGUGUAGAAGCGGUUCCACCACUACUGCAGAAAGAUUUACCUUCUGAGACUUACAUUACAGUAUGUGGAAAUGCGGCCGGGUAGACGACAGCCCCGCGCACUUCCUCGAAUGCUAUAGGAUAGGCAACCUCCAAACGCUCUCAUGCCCGGAGCGUCUCGCUGAGGUCUUCGCUUACGUGGCACACGUGCCGCCAGAUGACUCAAGCACCGACGAGGAACUGUGACCCCCCGCGGGGGCACCAAAAUUUUGUAUGAAGACGCACCUGAUAGGCAUGCGUCAGCAUCUGCUAGAGGGCGAGAUGCGAGAUGUUUGGCGCAGUCAGCUCGCAGCUGAAGCUCCUACACACAUCUAAAAACCGUGGCAAAAUCGAUCGAAAUGACGCUUGUAGCGAAAACCACAUUGAUGCAGCCAUCAGGAACAAGGAAUAGAGAUUGCCGGAGCGCACACAGACGCCCGCCCCCCUAGGGGAAGCACAGGCUCCUCCUGGCUCCGAUGUUCACCUCUCGAGAUGAUCACAAGGUCUUGCCAGACCAGACAAGUUCACAGAGGGUCGCUUCACACUCUUGCUCGUCCGUAUAAAUCGUUUGAGUGGAUCGCUUUCCUGGUGUCAGGAUCAAAAAUCGAGCGUCGCGUACCCCAGACAGGGACCUUAGGUGGCGCCGCUUGUGGUUGUCACGAGGUGGCUCGCACCUCCCCGGAGUGAGAGAAGGUUCGUUACCAGGCUUCGGCACCUUUUGUCUGGCUUGGGCUCCUGGUGCUGCGUUCACCGUUAGGAGUAUAAUAACAUAAGAGCAUAAGCCUGGCUGCAUUGGCGGCCGACCUUACGCGCACCAUCAGAAGUGCGGAACUGGCCGGCCUUUGUGGUGUCUCACCGUCAGAAGUGCGAACUACGAGGGCCGGGGCGUGCCACCUCAUCAUCAUCAUCAAAGCGAAUCGCGUAUGUAUGUAUUACAGUAUGUGGGAAGCUAUACCGCUCACCUUGAGAAGGGUAGUUUGCGGACCGAAAGCGGGGCCCUGAACAUAUCCUGACGACACGCCUCGGAUAUAGUACAAGGAUUAGCGUAAUAAUUACAACAAGGAAGCUAAACUCCUCGACAAGAUCAAACUGAUGAGUCCAGGGCCCCCCGGUGUAAAGAAGCGAAAGCAUGCUGCUGAAAGAAACUAGCGUCAGGACUGGAGUCGCCGGAACAAACUUUCUGGGAUACCUAGGGACGAGGACCAGUCGUGUUCAUUACUAAAUCUUCAGUGGUGUAGGUCUCCCGAGAUUAUGGUGACUACCUAGUGACACGUUGCCUUGUCGUGCAUUCUUGACUGUGCGAAAAUAAAACACUAAAGCCUAUUUUGAUCGAGAGAUUUUUUUUUACGAGUGUUUUUACUUACUCUGUCGAAAUGGCAGUGGGUUCAAGCAAGGGUCUGCUCGUUCGUUUUUCGAGGUGGCCACCGCAUUAAAAGCUGGAGUGUGGUUUUGUUUUCUUUGUUGGAGUUUAAGUGCGUUUUUUUUUGUAAAGUUUUGUUUUUGAUGACUUCGGGGUAAAACGUCAUCGGUCGUGCUCGG